AUGAACACAAACCACGGACACGUUGUACAGCACCCAUUCAUAGUCAAAGAGGACAUGCUCCACCGAAAUGGGGACAAGAAGACCCUCAAUACGCUCAUCGACAACACACCAACUCACGCACACACUACACAGCACCCGUUUAUAGUCAAAAAGGACAUGCUCCACCGAAAAGGGGGAAAAAAGACCCUCAAUACGCUCAUCGACAACACAUUCGUGCGGAUGGCUGAGAGGCAGGAACAAGGUCUGGCGUCAGGCAGUGACACUGGCACGUUUAGUGCAUCCACUAUGGUAGCGGCUCAAG